AUGUCCAUAAGGUGGUCGAUCUCGUGGAGUGUGGUAGAAAAGAGCUCGAGCUCCUUGUCGGUUUCUGCCUGCUUUCGGAGACGGUGGAAGCCAGCCUUGCAAACCAUUCGUGACGUGCUUGAUGUUGGAAUCGCCCGAAGACCCGCCCUUGGCCAGCUGCUGGACACCAACAGCCUCUCCUAUCCUGAGUCUGGCCAAUCCGCACCUGUCAACCCUAUCUCUAAUCCCCGUGGUCCCAUCACAACCACACCCACUACCAACCCCUUCGCUCCAUACACGCCUUCUGGCCCUGUCACAGCCAGGUCAAUCCCGUUCGACCCGCAUCCUGGCCCAGUCACAACCCCCUCACCCGGCAACAAUCCUUUUGGGGUGCCUCCUUUGGGGUGA